UUCAGGGACCUUAUUGCAAUUACUCUUAUUUUUCACACAAUAUUUUCCUUGCAAUUUCUCCAUUUUCCCUCUCUUUUUUCCACAGCUCAGUGGCGCCAUCUUUCAAAAUCCUAAAUCACCCAAUUUUUCCGUUUGUUUCUCGAGAGAGCGAGAGAAAAAGAAGGAAAAUACUGUAUGAUCUGAAUCUAACGAAUAUAUAUACCUGGUGAUUUUAUUUCUGUCUCGCAGAUGUGUAGGUGAAGUAUCUUUUGCUGUUUCUAGAAUAUUUAUAACAACUAGAGAGGUGAGAGGAUGAAGUUCAAGGCAUUUCUCACGGAGAAUGGUGUUACUUUGUUAGAAAAGAGGUUCCUACCCGCCUUAGAUAAAAUGGGGAAGGUAUGCCACCUUUUUCUUACAAGGGACCACGUUAUCUUCCUUCACAACCUUCUCUGCGGAGAUGGAGUUCAAUCCAUUGCUCAGUUUCGCAAAGAGGCUCUCUUUGAUGAUUAUCGCAUUUCUAGCCAGAAUGAGGACCGAAUUGCCUUUUCCAUCGAUAUUUCUCUUCUCCAACGUGCUGUUCGAAGCAGUGUAAGUAUUUGCAGUGAACUUGGAGCUGGUGGACCUACUGCAAAUCGUCUCCAGAUUAAAUUGGUUAAGAAGCUGCCACCUAAUUGUACUCAGCCAACGCCUUUUCUUACCUUUGAAACUAAGGGUUAUAAAUCUGCAGUUAUUCAGGAUGUGCCAAUAUCCAAACCAUUAUCUAGAGCUCACGUCCUGGAACUUCAAACUGCACUUGAUGGUGCGCAGGAUCUGCCUCAGACUUUGGUACAAGUUCCGGACUUCAAUCAGCUGCUGAACUAUGUGGACAGGAUGAAACACAUUGGUGAUUUGCUAAAUGUCUUCAUAAGCAAAUAUGGGGAUCUCCACAUGCAAAUUUCAACUACCUUAAUUACACUUGGGGCCGAAUUCUGCAAAUUGUUGGUGAUCGGAGACAAAGCACAAGCUCCACCUGAGGAUCAAGAUGAAAGUGCUAAGACAAGGUCAGAGAGGGCAGUCUUGAGGGGUGAUGCGCAGUCUGUGCAAGUGAGUGUUAAGCACUUCUCUAAGAGUCUUCAAUGUCAUCUUGCCAAACCAGACUGUGCUUUUUAUGGUAUUGUCGGUCAGGGUGCUUGCUUGACAGUGAUUUUUCAGUUCUUCAUUCCUGGAACGCGUCAAAUGGAUAAAUCAAUCAGUCUUCAUUGCAGGCUCCCUGUGCUUGACCCAGGAUCGAACUGAAGGAAGGUUUGAUUAACCGCAUAGGAAUUUAGUAUGCAUAAUAUAUAGUACUCCCUCCAUUUCAUAUUAGAUGACGUUUUAGGGGUGAUUUCUUGUUUGGAAAUACUUGACGUUUUAUGCUUUCAAUGCAUUUUUAGACUUUACAUUCCAUGUUUGCCCUGAAACAACAAUCUAAUCUAAGGGUCCAUACGCCUAGUCCACUAUAAUAUACUGUCAUUAUGAUUUAGAGAUUGUUAGCAUAUGGGUCAAAUUAGUCAUUUGGAUAUGCAUUUAAGAGAUAUUAACUGAUUUCUUAAUAUGUGAGCCAACUCCAAACACGUCAACUAAUACCAAAUGGAGGGAGUAUAUACUAUUACAUUUCAAAAAAUUGUUUCUAGAAUAUUUAGUUCUUCAAAUAUGAUAUUACUUCUUCCUUGCGAUGCUGAAGCAAAGAAGGGUUGAUCACAAAAUGACUAUUUGGAAAA